AAAAACCUCCUAACGUGUGUCGCUGUUUUGUAGCUUAGAUUUGUUGGACUUUUUGCAAAGGCAUUACUUCUAAAUCAUCCGAAAUAUUCAAACUAAACUACAACUGAUUAUCUACUUUUGAGGUGGAUCAAAUGAAGAAUAUUUGCUUGCUGGUUUAGCAAAUUAUCAAAAACCUCUUUGUAACACACAACCGAACGUUUGUAUGUUAUUAAUUAAAACACAAUUGAAAGCAAGUGUGCCAGUGUGUUCGCGGCAGCUUACUCCUCAAACACAAGAAAGCAUUCCUAUUCAAAAAUCCAAUCCUGUUCCACGUUGUCGUCUUUAAAAUUAAAAUAUGGAAGCAAUUCGGCUGCACUGUGAUAUGUGUCAAAAACCUACAAAAUAGAUUCCAAAAUUCGAUGGUAAACAAAAUCAUUGUUGAAUAAUAAAAUUCGACAAUAUUAUCUAUCAUUCAUAGUUUCUUAUCAAAGAAGAACAAUAAAAGAAAAUCAAGAAUAUUAACAAAAAGGCGAAAACACAAAAUCUCAGAGAACCGUAUGUAACCGAACUGUCAACAGAGAAAGAGAGCACGCGAGAGCAGAGAACAAACUUGGAGCUGUGUGGGGAAAAAGCAAGCAAUCCAAACGCAACAAAACACUGGCAUUUGCAAUCUCGUUCAGUCAGUCAAGAAACAGUACAACCAAACGGCGGCGGCGGCAGCCAUCGAAUAACAUCAACUCUCAAUAAAGCUUGAGCUGCCUCCACUCCAGCUAACUACAGCAAGAGCAACGCUAGGAAGGCUCCAACAGAAAACGAGUAGCAUUCCAAACAACCACCAACAAAUUGUAAAAAGCGCAGAAAUCAAGGAAUGAAAAGAGGCCACAGAAGAAAGUUGCUUUAAUACAUUUAUGGAAUAAUAAAACUAAGAGCCAGUGCUGUGAAAAGUAGUGUGAAAUCGCAUCAGCUGUUAAUCAAAAUUCCAAACACCAUCUCCCAGUAAAUAGCCGAUUGAUUCCUUGGCCGUCAUGAAUCCAGAUGAUUAUGAGUCUUUGCCCACGACAAGUGUGGCCAUAAAUAUGACAGCUGGAGCCAUUGCCGGUGUGCUGGAGCACAUUGUCAUGUAUCCCAUGGACUCAGUGAAGACACGCAUGCAGAGCUUAUCACCGGCCACAUCAAAACUAAACAUCACAGCAACUUUCCAGAAUAUGGUUCGAAAAGAGGGUAUAUUUAGACCCAUAAGAGGCGUUACUGCUGUGGUGGCCGGGGCCGGACCAGCUCAUGCUUUAUAUUUUGGUUCCUAUGAAAUGUCCAAAGAGCUUAUGACCAAAAUAACCACACAUAAUCACAUAAAUUAUAUGGCUAGUGGUGUCAUUGCCACCCUUAUCCAUGAUGCCGUCUCCAAUCCAGCUGAGGUCAUAAAACAACGCAUGCAGAUGUACAAUUCGCCAUAUAAAUCGGUGGUAGCUUGCAUGCGCGGUGUUUACCAAAAUGAAGGAUUAAAAGCUUUCUAUCGAUCCUAUUCAACCCAGUUGGUAAUGAAUAUACCAAAUCAGACAAUACACUUUACCACAUAUGAAUUUUUCCAAAAUAGGCUGAAUCAUGAACGAAAAUACAAUCCUCCUGUUCAUGUCGUGGCCGGCGGCGCGGCUGGAGCAUGUGCUGCGGCAGUUACCACACCAUUAGAUGUAGUCAAAACGUUGUUGAAUACUCAGGAAACGGGUCUAGUACGAGGCAUGAUGGAAGCUAUUAAACAGAUCUAUACAAUGGCUGGUCCACUUGGAUUCUUUAAAGGCCUGACCGCCCGUGUUCUGUAUUCAAUGCCAGCUACCGCCAUCUGCUGGUCCACCUAUGAAUUUUUCAAAUUCUAUUUGUGUGGCCUAGAUCGUGAUCAGUACAAAUCAACGAUAACCGGCAAAAAUGUAUUACAACCGCGUAAAACUUCCAGCACAGACACCACCGAGGCCGAGCUGCUGCACAAUGCCUAUGUCCUACCGGUGUCGGAAGCGACAGAAGAAACUAAAUCACCCAAAGAAGCCGCGCCACAAACAACACCGCCUCCGCUACCAGCUGGGCCGAUCAAAACCGUUUGCGAGCUAUCGACAUCUGUGGCAGCACCCACCCUCAAUUUGACCACCAGGCACACCGAUGUCAAAAGUCCCUUCGACAGAGGAUUCUCGAGUACAUAAAGAUAUCAUUGAGAUGGUACAUAAAACAACUUUAAAAAAUCCAAUCCAAUCAACGUUCUAUCGAGCGCCACUUGUCAAGCCACGCCAACGACAACGACACCACCACACUCACCACCCCCCACAUGCAGCAGCAGCAGUCCAACAAAACUUGUCGCUCAGCGUUGAUGGGCGUCUCGCCUGUGAGUUCCAGCAGCGCCUGAAACGCUUUUACAUAACCUUGCUGGUGCGCGCUCAUCUCCCCCAAGAAGAAGACAAAAGAAGAAGAUAGAAUUGUUCGCGCCGUGCUAAUACAAUAAUUGAUCGUAAGACGAAUAAUGAGCCGAGAGAGUAGAGCGAGCAAACGUUUGUGUUUGUAAAAUUGGUUACAAUACAAUAACUUAGUUUUUUUCACCAAUCGCGCAGAUCAAAGUACAAAACCUAGUUUUGUCUUUAGUUAGUCAUUUCCCCAUCUCCUCUGCAUGGUCAGAAAAAAAGAACUGCAAACAAUGAACAUUGUUUUUUCCCAGAACGUAAGCUCGAGUCAUGGUUGAUGAAACUACCUACUUUCAUGUAAAAUAUAUUUGCUGUAACAAUUCAGAAAAAAAAACAAAACAAACAGAAACAACAAUGCCCUGUAAUCGUUAUUAUUAUUAUUAUAUUAUUACUAUUAUUAUUUUUAAAAUUCAACUAUGUAUAUGUAUGAUGUUAUAUAUUUAAAAUACUAGAAAUAAACAAAGGAAAAACAAUAAUUAAAGAGAAAGGAGAAAGAAAACUCAAUUUGUAAUCAAAUUACAGAGAGAAAGGAAAUAAACAAAUACAGCAGCAAUCCUGUUUUCACAUUUGUUCUGAACAGCGUUAAAAACAAAUUAAAACCAGUUGUUUAUCUUUCUUAUUCUUUUUUAUGUAAAUAAAACACACAAGGUCCUUUUCAGGUUAUGUUAUAAAAUGGAUUCUAUGAUUUGAAUUUUUGUUAAAAGAGCUGUAUUUAUUGUUAAUACAAAAUUUCAUUGUGUUAUAUUGUAAGGUGUAUUAUUUGCCUGAUGCUCCUCGGAAUAUAGAUCGGAUAACCCCAAAAAAAGAA